CCAAGUGUUCAUUCACGAGUAAUAAGACGAAUGGUGAGCGGAGAUCCACGAGCGCAGCGCAAAAGUUAAGCACCAAAACAAGUCAAUGGUGUGGCAUCGUCCUACACGCUCACACACCGACGCUCACAACCACUGAGGAGUGCUGUACUGUCCUACUGUGGAGAGCGUGGAAGACAGCAGCCCGAGCACAAAGAGAGAGAGAGGGGGCUUUGGAAUAAAGGGGAUAUAUUGGCGGGUGACGCGGCUGCCCAGGACAAGCGAGAAGGAUGGCAGCUUGGUUCACGUUUAUCAUCGCAUUCAGCACCACGAUACUGACACAGGUAUUUGGAUCCGGGGUUUUUGAGCUCGAUCUACAUGAAUUUACAAACAGCAAAGGAUUUCUGGCGAAUGGCAACUCUUGUAGGCUCAACUGUAGAACUUUCUUUCGAGUCUGUCUAAAAAACUACCAGGCAGUAGUGUCGCCAGGUGACUGUAUCUUUGGGAGUGCCGUGACACCGGUCCUGGGGACCAACUCUUUUAGCGUGAAGAACGGAGGCACUUUUAGCAGACCCAUCCGACUGCCUUUCAACUUUGGAUGGCCGGGAUCGUUUUCAAUGAUAAUUGAAGCCUGGUAUUCACCUUCAGCGGAUCUACCUGUAGACACCAGCAACCCAGAGAUGUUGAUUAGUUUCUUUGCCAUCCAGAGACAGCUGGGUGUAGGGGCCGCCUGGUCUCAGAACAUUGAGAGCGGCCGACAGACGGAGUUAAGGUAUUCUUACCGCUUCAUCUGCAAUGACAAUUACUACGGAGAAAGUUGUUCCAAAAUAUGCACGCCAAGGGACGACCGUUUUGGCCACUACACCUGCGACCGGGAUGGCCAGUUGUCCUGUCUGCCCGGCUGGAAGGGGGAAUACUGCGAAGAACCCAUCUGCCUGGUGGGUUGCAGUGAAGGGAAUGGAAACUGCUCCAGACCUGGCGAGUGUGUGUGCAGAGAAGGUUGGCAGGGUUUAUUCUGUGAUGAGUGUAAGAAGUACCCAGCUUGUAAGCAUGGCACCUGCCAACAGCCUUGGCAGUGUAACUGUAAGGAAGGCUGGGGAGGGCUCUUCUGUGACCAGGACUUGAACUUCUGCACGCACCACCGGCCGUGUGUGAACGGGGCGACCUGUAUGAACACAGGCCAGGGCAGCUUCACCUGUACCUGUCCCCCUGGGUUCACUGGGUUAAACUGUGAGCUGGAGCUGCAGGAAUGUGACAGCAACCCCUGCAGGUACGGAGGACUCUGCACGAACCUGGAUGUUGGCUACAGGUGUUCGUGUCCGCAAGGUUUCGAGGGUUCCAACUGUGAACACAGCCUGCUGACGUGUGCAGACUCUCCUUGCUUCCACAGCGGGCAGUGCCAUCAGAAGGACAACGGUCGCAGCUACACCUGCGAGUGUCCUCCCGGAUACACCGGACUCAAUUGUGAGAAAAGAGUGGACAAGUGCACGUCCCUUCCCUGCGCCAACGGUGGUCUGUGUUUGAUCCAUGGUGGCGUGCGUCUGUGUAGCUGUCGCUCCGGUUUCACAGGCCAGCGCUGUGAGAUCAACAUCAACGAGUGUGCCGGUAACCCCUGCACCAAUGGGGGGACCUGCCUGGACCGCAUCAACGACUACACCUGUGCCUGCCCCCCGGGGUACGCCGGCAGAAACUGUGACCGCGUCCUGGACGAGUGCUCCAUGCACCCCUGUCUCAACAAAGGACUCUGCACCAGGGAAGGGGGGCUGGGGAAAUCCCCCACCACCUGUAUCUGUCCCACCGACUUCACUGGACCCCGCUGUCAGUUCGUUGCAGUGACCCUGCCAGUCGGUGGUGAGAGGAUCAACGGAGAGAGCCAAGAUGGCUUCCAGUGGGCGGCAGUUUCCCUGGCUGUAGGGCUGGUUGCGUUUCUGGUGCUGCUAUGCAUGGUGGGGCUGGCUCUAAGACACAUCCACAGGCAGAUGGGCAGGGACAGAGGAGACCGGGAGACCAUGAACAACCUAUCAGACGUACAGAAGGAUAACCUUAUCCCCGCCUCCCAGCUGAAGAACACCAAUCAGAAGGUGCUACUGGAGGUGGACUGCGAAUCAGAGAAGUCAAAUUUUAUCCACAAGAACUAUCACUUGGACUAUAGUAACGCAAAGUCAAAGGAGUUCAAGGAUGAUAAGUCGCAAGAGGAUAAAAGACUAAAUCACAUCUACGACAAGUGUUUAGAAGAGAAAAUACCGAUGAGUGGAAUGUACAGUGAAAAGGAGGAGUGUAGGAUAUCAACGAUAUGUUCCCCUCGAGACUCUCAGAUCUACCAGUCUGUCUUUGUUAUAGGAGAAGAGAAGAGGGAGUGCGUCAUAGCAACAGAGGUAUAAAGCUGUGUGAGGUAGAAAAGCGAGGGAGCAAGAACGCGGAGGAGAAAGGCAAUCGAAGGCAGAAAAUAUUUUUCUGGAUUGUUUACACAAAGACCUGAGGAGAGACUGAAGACCUGUUUUCUGACGUCACUGCUGCUCUGGAGCACUAGAGAGAAGGGACCAUAGAGAAAAACAGAGAGACAGAGAGGAGAGCGGAAUCUCUCCUCUGUGAAAAAUGAAAAAAUGAACACUCUAGACUGAACUUUACUGAACUUUAACAUUGACCAAGUGUUUGUACAAAAAACAUGUACAGUUCACAGUCAUGGACCUAUUAACUUCUGGGAACAAAUGGUUAAAUGAACUGUUAAAUGAACUGUUAAAUUAACUGACUGAACUGCACUGGGUGUGGAGGGGACUGGUGGAGUGUCAUUAAGCAAAACAAUGACCCUGAACUGAACUCAUCUGUCCUUGGCAGCGAUUGGAGGAGAGAGUAGGUAAAACAGGAAAAAUGUCCGUAGCUCGUAGUUGAACCCUGAGCACUCAGUUGACCCUUGACUUAUCUCCAGGGAUAAUCAUGGUGACUAACGACAGCCAACUAAUCAAAAUGGAGGUGCCUGAGAUUCGACUGAUCUUUAACCCUUAGCCAGCAUCAUUGACCAGCUAUGGGUGGAGCUAACUCAAUGAAACUCACCCACUGACCACCACGACCGACCAGCAGUCGAAACCACAACAAACACACUGAGAACGAUGAAUGUCUGACUGAACAAACAAACAAACAAACAAACAAAUGUCUCAUCGUUCAAUCUCUAGAAACAAAAUACCUGGUUGGACUUUUCCGGACUUUUCCAUUUCAUGCAAAAUGGUGAAAAGAUUGUAUGUCCAAAAUUACUAGAAGCCUAAAAGAGUGUGUUUGGAUGCUAAAAACGAAACCCUUGUCUUUUCAUGGAGCAUUUGACCUACAAAAAUAAAAACAGAGGUGGAAAAUACACUUUUUUAAUCAACAGUAAUGUGGAGGUUGUGUGCACUAAAUAGGGUAUAUACAUUUAAGACGCAACAAAUAAAUCACAGAAGCGCAAUACUCAGUUCUGUGCCAGCAGUAGUCCAAGAAAACAGGAAGGAAACUGACGGACAAGUUUAUAUUUACCACAAACUGCGUCCCAAAUGGCACUCUAUUCCCUAUAUAGUGCACUACUUUUGACCAGAGCCUUGGUCAAAAGUAGUGCACUAAGUAGGGACCUAGGGUGUAAUUUGGGACAUAGACAAUAACAGCCCUGAAAUAAAGAGACACAAAAGGAUUCAUAAAAGACAUUGUCAUACCACUGCCUGCCUAUAAUGACUUUCUGAAAUUACAGAACCAAUAAUGUACAUUUUUUUAAAUGAUGAUUAUUUCCAGAGUUUAAUUUAAAUAUUGAUGAAUGCUACAACUGCUCUUUAUAUGUUUUAUAAUAUUAUUUUGUAUAUAAGGACCAAACUUCUGAAGAAUAAAACACUUUAAUUCCUUGUUAAUAUUUUGAUGCCAGUGAAUGAAAAGUGAGAUUAUUUUAUGUGGUGUUUUUUAAUAAUGAAGAAAAUAUUACUGA